GAUGAACAGGAGCUACGCUGAGAACAUUCAAGAGGAACUGUAUUGAGCAAACUACGAAAGGUGUCAAGAUGCUUGAUGUGCAGAUGCAUGUUUCUAGGAAUGUAGUUAGCAAUGGAGGAAGGAAGAAGAUGACAGCCCCAAAGAUGGAAUAAAGAUGUGAACUUACAUUAAUUUUACUAUGAACAAUACCACUGAAGAAAACAAUAACACCGAUUCCAGUCUGCAUUUAGCGAAGGCAACUUUCUACCUUCUGGACUUCCUCGUCUGCUGUUUUUUCACCAUCCUCAUUACGCAGACUAUCUGGAGAGACAGUGCACUGAAGAAAGAAGUGAGAUUCUUCCUCUUAUGCCAACACUUCAUGUGUUUGACUUUCUUCUUUUUGACAGGAACCAUUUUUUACUUUCUUCGAGCACUCCGAGUUAACGCACCAGCCAUUGUGUGCUGGAUCAUUUUUGCAGUGCAGAUAACAAUUGGAAGGGGAGUCCUCAUUAGUCUUGCCUUAAUGGCAUUGAACACUUGCAUUGCUAUUUGCUGGCCAUUACACUAUGAGGCGUUUGCACAUUCAGUGAAACGUAAAAUAGUUGCGUGCUUAUGGAUUAUUUCACUUUUUGAUCCCACCAUUUCAGUGAUCUAUGAAAUUAUCGCAAAAGGUCCAAAACAUUCUGUCCAGCUGGAUCCAUCUUGCCCGACAACUUUAUCAGGCCUUCUACCAAGAGUAGCUGGAAUUGUUUUUCUUAUCAUUUUAGUCAGUCUAAUUAUAGGAUCCUAUGUCGCUAUAUAUAGAGAAGGUAAGCGUGCAGGACAUUUUACUAAGAACAAUAAAAAUGCCAGGAGAACUAUAUUUAUUCAUGGACUACAGACUGCUCUUCAUAUCAUCCCAACGUUUCUGGUCAUUGCACUGCGUAAAGAAAAUACUUUACACCUAAUGCUGGAUUUGGUCAGUUUUAUUAUUUUUUCAUUUGCUCAGUGUGCCAGUCCUAUAGUGUAUGGACUGAGAUGUAAAGAAUUAAGAGACAAAUUUCUCGAAAGAUAUCUUUGCCAUGUAAAACAGUUGUCAGAAACAGAAAAUAAUUAUAGUAGAUGAACUAUUAACUGAUUGAAAUUUGAUACAUUUUAAUUUUUAGGUUUAAUACCUGUUUAGGUGAUCUAGAUAGGUCUGUUAUUAACUUGAUUCAUCUGUUUCCCAGUAGGGACAUGGGGUGUCAGAGAGCAGACAACUAGCUCUACACUCACUGUUUCCCUGGACUUUUAGGCUUGGUUCACACAUGUCCAGCCACAGUUUCAGCGCAGUUUUUAAAAGGAGUGCGGGGCAGUUUUAUUCACCGGUUCAGGUGUGGUUUUUACUUGAAAUCGCACCUGAACCAAACUUAAAAAUCACACGGGACUCUUUUUUAAAAUGCACUGUGGCCGGCCUGCAGAUAUGUGAACUGGUUCCAUAGAGAAGGCAGGCAGUUCACAUGUCAUACGAAUUGGAUGCGGUUCAAAAUGCAUCCAAUUCACAUAUACACUAUAUUGUCAAAAGUAAUGAGACACAUGCCUUU